CUUGACUUCCAUUUUCUCGGUGAACUGAGAAUCUGAGAAAAUGUCGAAGCUGAUUCUCUUCCACGCGCUCACCCCAAUCCACACCCGAGUCUUCACCGCCGUCGUCGGAGCUUCUCUCUCCAAGCCUCUACACUCUCGCAGCCCCCAUCUCUUCUCUCACUCUCCUCCUCCUCUCUCCCUCCGCCGCCGCCUCUCCCUCCGCGCCUUCGACGACUCGUCGUCCUCCUCCGCCACAAAGCCGGAUGAAUCAAACGAAAACGGCGCCGUUUCAGCUCCCGAGGCUACAAUAGAGGCCGAGAAUGCCAAAGCUAUUUCGACGGACAAGGACUAUCCGAGCGGCGAGUUUCAGUUUCAGGAGGCCGGCGCCUGGAAGAGCUUCGUCGUCAAGCUCCGGAUGCUCUUCGCUUAUCCAUGGGAGCGGGUCAAGAAAGGAAGCGUCUUGACCAUGAAAUUGCGCGGCCAGAUAACUGAUCAGUUAAAGAGUCGAUUCUCUAGUGGAUUAUCACUGCCUCAAAUCUGUGAGAACUUUGUGAAAGCUGCGCAUGAUCCGAGAAUUGCUGGUGUGUAUCUCCAAAUUGAGAGCUUGAACUGUGGUUGGGGUAAAGUCGAAGAAAUUCGGAGGCAUAUUUUGGACUUCCGGAAAUCAGGUAAGUUUGUAGUGGCAUAUGCACCUGCUUGUAGCGAAAAAGAAUAUUACCUUGCGUCUGCUUGUCAAGAGAUUUAUGCCCCUCCCAGUGCUUAUUUUUCUUUGUUUGGUCUCAGUGUUCAGGCCUCAUUCGUAAAAGGUGUUCUGGAGAAAAUUGGAGUUGAGCCGCAAGUGGAGAGGAUUGGAAAAUACAAAAGUGCUGGUGACCAGCUUGCACGCACGUCAAUGUCUGAAGAAAACUGUGAGAUGCUGACAGCAUUGCUCGAUAACAUAUAUGGGAACUGGCUGGACAUCAUUUCUUCUACAAGAGGAAAAGGGAGAGAAGACAUUGAGAAGUUUAUUAAUGAAGGGGUGUAUCAAGUGGAUAAGUUGAAAGAAGAGGGCUGGAUCACAAACAUACAGUAUGAUGAUGAGGUUACUUCAAUGUUGAAGGAAAGACUCGGAGUAGAAAAAGAGAAAAAGCUUCCUAUGGUUGAUUACAGGAAAUAUUCUAAAGUUCGGAAAUGGACUCUUGGAUUAUCAGGCGGUAAAGACAAAAUAGCCAUAAUAAGAGCCUCAGGCAGUAUUAGUCGUGUACGAGGUUCUUUCAGUCUACCUGGAUCAUCCAUUGUUGGAGAACAGUUUAUUGAGAAGAUCCGUACUAUAAGAGAAUCAAAAAGAUACAAGGCUGCUAUUAUCCGAAUUGACAGCCCUGGAGGUGAUGCCCUUGCUUCUGAUUUGAUGUGGAGGGAAAUAAAACUUUUGGCUGCAUCAAAACCAGUCGUUGCAUCAAUGUCUGAUGUGGCAGCAAGUGGAGGAUACUAUAUGGCAAUGGCAGCAGAUGCCAUUGUUGCAGAAAAUCUAACUCUAACUGGUUCUAUUGGAGUUGUCACAGGGAAGUUUAACCUGGGAAAACUGUAUGAGAAGAUUGGCUUCAACAAAGAAAUCAUUUCAAGGGGAAAAUUUGCAGAGGUUCUUGCAGCUGAACAACGACCCUUCAGACCAGAGGAAGCUGAACUCUUUGCCAAGUCUGCACGGAAUUCGUAUAAGCAAUUUCGGGACAAGGCAGCUUCUUCCAGAUCGAUGACUGUAGAUAAAAUGGAAGAAGUUGCACAAGGGAGAGUUUGGGCUGGUAAAGAUGCAGCUUCCAGGGGUUUAGUUGAUGCUAUUGGUGGACUUUCACGGGCUGUUGCAAUAGCAAAGCUCAAAGCAAAUAUACCACAAGACACAGAGGUUACACUAGUGGAGCUUGCAAGACCCUCCCCUUCACUGCCAGAACUUUUAAGUGGCGUAGGGAGUACUCUGGUUGGGGUUGAUCAGACACUGAGGACUCUGCUGCAAAACUUGACAUUUUCUGAUGGAGUUCAAGCUCGGAUGGACGGAAUCAUGUUUCAGAGACUAGAGGGAGCUUCAAAUGCUAACCCCAUCUUCAAUUUGAUCAGGGAUUACCUUGGUUCCCUGUAAUGGGGUUUCUUUCUUCUUUAGUCUAUACAGAUAAUUAAACACUUAAACUGAUAGAGAAUGUGUCUCCUGAUAAUGUGGGAAUUGAGCCCGUCCCGGACUCGGCCAUUGGACAGGGGCUUUCAUUCCCCUCUCAAUUGUUGUACAGCCAUAUAUGAAUAUUAAUUUCUAUUUGUAUCAAAAUAAAAA